UUGUUCAGAUGGGUUGGAUUUCGAAAAUUCACAAGUCUCGGUUAUGCAGUUCUGUUGAUCGAUGGUCGUGGCUCAUCAAAUCGCGGCCUCUCUUUCGAAGCGGCCAUCAAAAAUAGGCUGGGUACAGUGGAAAUUGAGGAUCAGGUGGAGGGCUUGAGAGAAGUAGCAAAACGAGCUGAUGGUUUGCUGGAUCUAAGACGAGUAGCAAUAAUGGGAUGGUCAUAUGGCGGUUAUCUGGCGUUGCUUUGUCUGGCCAAAUGUCCCGAAGUCUAUCGAGCAGCAAUUGUUGGUGGUGCGGUAACAUGCUGGCAACUUUACGAUACGGCUUAUACGGAGCGUUAUCUCGGUCUUCCGUCAGAUCCAGUGUAUAAAGAUUCUUCGGUUCUGAAGUACAUCAAUCAGCUGCCCAAUGAAGUGGACCGAUUGCUUAUUGUCCAUGGUUUGAUUGAUGACAAUGUGCACUUCUCGCAUACUGGGCGACUUAUUGAAGCACUUAUACAGGCUGGCAAGCCUCAUCGUCUUCAGAUCUUUCCAUCAGAACGUCAUGGAAUUCGUUCGAUCGAAGCUUGCGAAUUCCACGAUGCUUGCAUGCUAUCGUUUUUGUCCAGGGCUCUUAGUAUCGACAACACGGAAUCGAAUUUAGUAGAUGAUCUCCAGAAGCCCUGA